AUGUCCCCCACUCCAUUACUCCUAAUCUCUGUAAUACUUGUACCUGAUACUAUCGUUUUUAAUUAUUCCGGAAGCGUCCCUUUAUGGGAUGCUUUGUUCUUGGAACUGGAAUUGUGUGUGUUCAAUCAAGCUAAACCUCAUUUAAUUCAAUUGUGUCAGUAUAAAUAUAACCAAGUUACUUGUCCUUGUAAAUUUGACCACGGUGAUGCAUCGGAUGUACUUUGA